AUGCUCCUCAUUUGGGGCCUAUUUCUUUUGGCCGCCGGGGGUACGGUAGCGGCCGAUUGUCCGCAUGAAUGUCGAUGCUCGGAGGAUACGGUAGACUGCAGCUAUCGAAAGCUAUUACAGAUCCCCUCCGGCAUAUCGACAUCCACAAAAACACUAAAUCUACGCGGAAAUCUGCUGGGCCACGUGUCGCGAAAAGAUUUGGGCGGGCUAAGGGGACUGGAAACGCUUGUCCUGGCCGACAAUCGGAUCAAUAAGAUUGAGGAGAACCUCCUCGAUGAGCUCCCCCAAAUUCGACGUGUCUUUUUGGGAAGAAACCGUCUACGGUCCAUGCCAGCUCUCAGCUCCCGGCUGUCAAAGCUCAAAUUUCUCGAGUUGAAGCACAACAAGCUCGAGGAGGUCGAUGAUCAGCUGAUGGAAAUGCUGCCCGAGAUCGAGUCGAUGGACCUGAGCCACAACCGCUUGCAGAGCCUCCACUCGCUCAUGUUUAAGGGCGCCAAAGCGAUGAAACGCCUGAAGCUGCACCGGAAUCCGUGGGCCUGCGACUGCCGACUCCAAUCCACCGCCGAGUUCAUGCGCGACCUAGAGGAACCCGAGGAACACGUCCACUGCUUCAAUCCGCCCGAUUUUCGAGGCGAAAACAUCCUGGACCUAAAGCCGUCGGAAUUCGCGUGCUUCGAAGCGUUGGAAGAAAAUAUGGGAUCCGCCAUCCAGUUGACCUGUCCGCAGGAAGAUGUCGGACAGCCCAUCUGGACGUAUCAAGGCAUCGAGCUGGAGCAGUCGGUCUCGGAAGACUCCUGGGAAUUGAAGGACAACGGAACGCUCCUAAUUCCGCUCGGCGCCCAGCCUGGCGAUUAUAAAUGUGCCGUCACCUACAGUACCAGCCCGAGAAAUGCCCGUCAAAUCCGGCCGACCCUGUCGAGGAUGUCGACAGCUCCGGAGUUCACAUUCAAGCCGAAGGACUCGAGUUAUCGCGAGGGGACACCGGUCAAACUGCACUGCGAGGUGACAGGAGAGCCACGCCCGUCCAUUGCCUGGCUUCGUAACCGUCAGCCGCUAGUGUCUUCCAGAAAGUUUGAAAUGACACAGGCUAAUUCUGUGCUCAAGAUCUACCCUUUCUUGGAGGCCGACGCUGGAACUUACACUUGUAUUGCCGAAAAUAUCCAUGGUCGUAUCGAACACACCGCACGGAUCCACUUGAUCAGCAGCGUUCCGCCCGCCAUCUUCGAUCCACCACAAGCCGCUUCAGUUGAACCGGGAGAACAGGUGACAUUCCGGUGCCGGGCCCGAGGCGUCCCGAAGCCCGAAAUCUCGUGGUUCUUCGAAGGGGCCGAGAUGCCGCUGAAGCAGGGAAGGUAUCAGACCUCCGACGACCGGACCGAGAUGACCAUCUCGCACGUCUCACGUCAGGACGAGGGUGUCUAUUCUUGCAUGGCCGGAAAUAGUGUCGGCGCGAUGAUGGCCGAGGCGCGGCUGAGCGUCAAGGGAAAAUUGCAGGUUGAGGUAGACAAGGUCGUUGACGACGCGCUUCUGAAAAAUAUCGUCCAGCAGGCCACGGAGAAUGUGAAUCGCGCCAUCGCCAACACGAAGACGCAAUUGGCGCGCGAUGGAGUGAGAAGCACUUCGGAUUUGAAGCGACUGAUGAAGUUCGCCAUCCCGAAGCAGGCCGUCGAGCUCAGCAAAUCGCGUGAAAUCUACGAGGAGUCGAUUCGUCUCGUGCAGAGCCACGUCGAGAGAGGCGACCUGCAUCCGAAGAACGUCUCCUACGAGUCGGUGCUGGCCGUGUCGCACGUGCAGACCAUCAUGGAGCUGUCCGGGUGCCAGGCCGGAAUUUUUAGGAAUCCCUGCACCGACAUGUGCUUCCACAAUAAAUAUCGCUCCUACGACGGCCAAUGCAACAACCUGGACCACCCGAUGUGGGGCGUUUCGCAGAUGCCGUUGAAGCGCCUGCUCGCCCCGGUCUACGAGAACGGCUUCAACACGCCGGUCGGCUGGGAGAAGAACAAGCUGUACAACGGGUUCCCCAUGCCCAAUCCUAGAGAUGUAUCACGGCAACUGAUCGCUACGCACGACAUUACCCCUCACGGCCAUCUAUCAUCUAUGGUGAUGCAGUGGGGACAGUUUGUUGACCACGACCUGACGCACACGGCCCCGCCGCUCACGAGAAAUGCCUACACGACGGGCGCCGUCUGCAACAGAACCUGCGAAAACCUGGAGCCAUGCUUCAACAUCCAGCUGCCGAAGGACGACCCGAAGCUUAAGAUGGGAAGAGAAGUGAAACACCCGUGCAUCGAAUUCGAGCGCUCGGGAGCCGUUUGCGGAUCCGGAGAAACGUCACUAAUCUUCGAUCGGGUCACCUAUCGCGAGCAGCUGAAUAUUUUAACCUCUUACCUGGACGGCUCGGUGGUGUACGGUUCGACGGAGGUGCAGGCGUUGGAGUUGCGCGACCUUUUUGGGGACCACGGAUUAUUAAGAUUCGACAUCGUCUCGGCCGCCCAAAAGCCGUAUAUGCCAUUUGAGAAGGACUCGGAUAUGGACUGCCGGAGGAACUAUUCCGUCGACAACCCGAUCCGAUGCUUUUUGGCUGGGGAUUUGAGGGCAAACGAGCAGCUUGGCCUCACCUCGCUGCACACAAUCUUCAUGCGUGAGCACAACCGCGUCGCCGCCAAGCUGCUGGAGAUGAACGUCAACUGGGAUGGGGAGACCAUUUUUCAGGAAACCCGGAAGCUGAUCAGCGCCAUGAUCCAGCACAUCACCUACAGCCAGUGGCUGCCCACCGUCCUCGGCAAGACCGGUUUCGCCGAGCUGAUUGGAGACUACAUGGGCUACGAUCCGACCAUCGACCCGUCCAUCGCCAACGCCUUUGCCACCGCUGCUUUCAGAUUUGGCCAUACGCUAAUUAAUCCGGUGCUUAAAAGACUUGGAAAAGACUUCAAUCCAAUCCCACAGGGCCAUAUUCCACUACACGAGGCGUUUUUCGCGCCGGAGCGCCUGUUGUCUGAAGGAGGCAUUGAUCCACUUUUGCGUGGUCUCUUCGCCUCCCCGCUCAAAUUGCCAAAGAGCAACCAGGUGAUGAACAUGGAGCUCACUGAGAAGCUCUUCCCCCGGGCCCAUGAGGUCUCCCUCGACCUGGCGGUGAUGAACAUACAGCGAGCCCGGGAUCACGGACUGCCAAGCUGGACGGAGUACCGUAAAUGGUGCAAACUGUCGGUACCGACCACGUGGGAGGAGAUGGCCAUCGAAGUACCUGAUGCCGAUGUCCGGAAUAAGCUGCGGACGCUCUAUGGCCAUCCUGGAAACAUUGAUUUGUGGGUGGGCUCCGUGGUGGAGACGAGGAUGCCGGAUGGUCUUGUCGGCCCCACGUUCGCCUGCCUCAUCGCCGAUCAGUUCAAGCGCCUCCGCGCCGGCGACCGCCAUUGGUACGAGAACGAGGGCGUCUUCAGCAAGGCGCAACUGCAGCAGAUUAGAAAAACCUCGCUGGCCCGGUUGUUCUGCGACAACGGCGAUGAUAUCGAUCGGGUUCAGCGUGACGUCUUCUUCUACCCGGGCAACUCGACGCUCCUCUACGAAAAGUGCUCAAUGAUCCCGGAGAUAAACCUGAACAUGUGGCAAGCGUGCUGUGAGGGAACUUGCUCGAUGAACCAAGAUUCUCAAUUCACUGGAAACUCGCGCAAACGCCGCUCAAAACGCACCUGCCAACUGGAUGACGGCAAGGUGAAACAGGAGGGUGAAUCGUGGAAGAUGGAAGAGUGCACUACUUGCCAGUGCCAGAACGGUCUGGUGUGGUGCCACGUAAAGGAGGGAUGCCAGGAAGCCCAAAAGAAGAAA